AUCCCUGAUCAAUACAUCCCUGAUCAAUACAUCCCUGAUCAAUACAUCCCUGAUCAAUACAUCCCUGAUCAAUACAUCCCUGAUCAAUACGUCCCUGAUCAAUACAUCCCUGAUCAAUACGUCCCUGAUCAAUACAUCCCUGAUCAAUACAUCCCUCAUACUGAUCAAUACAUCCCUGAUCAAUACAUCCCUGAUCAAUACAUCCUUGAUCAAUACAUCCCUGAUCAAUACAUCCCUGAUCAAUACAUCCUUGAUCAAUACAUCCCUGAUCAAUACAUCCCUGAUCAAAGUUAA